GACUAUUUCUUAACUGAUUAGAUCCACUUUUAAGACGACCGACUGGAGCAGGUGCUCCUGAUCUUCACCAGAUGCCUCCAUCGAUGCUUGGACAUCUCGUUCAACCAAAUAAAUAAGCGUCUGCCAAAGGAGUCGGAGGAGUAUCAUCUACGGCAUCUAAUCUUCCCAGAAGUCCCCUCUAAGAACUGCAACCACCUGCUUACCCGGCAAUGGUAUCCGGCAGAUCUUUUCAGGCUGACAGCCCGGCCGGGCCAAGCAACCGCCUGGCUGUCUGCCUCAUCCACUUCGUCCUGGCAGUCACUUCCGGCUGGGGCCUGAAGCAAAGCUCUGGCCGCCAGGCGAUGGCAGCUUUUGGUAUAUUCUUUGGCCACAGUCUGCUCUGCCUGCUCCGGCACACACAUCCGAAUCCGGGUCAGCUCCAGAGGCUUCUGUGUGACAAGUCGCGGCGCUACUCCUCCGUGCUCUUCGUCACCCUGAUCGUGGGUGAACUGCAGGUCAUCAACCCAACUACCAAAAUCGGUGAAUUCUUUGGCGCCGACUGGGAUCGACUGGCCUUUGGACUCUGGACCGGCACCCUGGCCCUGGCCAUCGGAAGCCUCUGGACGGGCGGCAACCGGGGCAGCCCCAUUGGCGCCGGCUUCGUCAAGCUGGAUGCCGCCCACUUGGGCCUCUGCGUCAUGUGGAAUGUGUAUUGUUUGUGGCACAUUGCCGUCGUGGACGAGCACUGGUGGUCCCUAGGUCUGGCCCUGCUCGUGCUGCUAAACCACUUUGUUUUGUGGCGCCUGCCGCUGCACUUCAACAUCAGCCAGCUGGAAGUGGCCACCAUUGGCAUGUGCUUCACCACGAUUUUCGCCCUGAGUGCCAUCCAGGAGCAACUGGAGGCGGUGGUCAGUGGACUGCCGGUGAUCUAGGCAACAGGGGCUGGUCUCUUGCUGGCCAAAGACUAAGCACACAAGUCGCCAGCUUACUGCAGUGUUCUCGUCACUGAAACACGUUGUAUAUUUUGUAAAAUUUUAUUCGCAAGCAUGACACACACACAUGGCACAUGAAGGUGUACAUUUUUU